GCAGAAGCAAGAAACAAAGCAGCGAAAGAAAGAGAAAACAAGUACGUGGUAUCUACCAUAUCUGAUCAAAGUGGUCAGUUUCCUAUUUUGGAAUUCCGGCAGAACUAGGAACCUUACUCAAGAAUGAUCAAAACAGCCACCGCGGCUUUCCUAGCCAUACUCACCUCCUUAACCUUCCUCCUCUUCCUCUAUUCUCCGACGACCCCCAAAUCCUCCUACCACUCCCUCUUCAUCUCCGCUUCCCUCUCUUCCAACACCUCCAUCUCCCGCCACCUCCAUACCCUCACGCGCCGCCCCCACGUCGCCGGAACCCCGGCCAACGCCGAAGCCGCCACCUACGUCCUCUCCAUCUUCACCUCCUCCAAUCUCCGAUCCCGCAUCACCCCCUACCACGUGGCACUCACUUACCCUAUCUCCCGCUCCCUAACCCUAACUCCUUCACCUUCUUCACCACCCGUCAACUUCGACCUCCAACAAGAAACCUACCCCGGCGACCCCUACGCUGACGUGGCAGCCGAGGUUGUCCCCACUUUUCACGCUUUUGCUAAGUCCGGGGACGUCGCCGGCGACGUGGUUUACGUCAACUACGGGAGGUUGGAGGACUACGAAACUCUUAACAAAAUGGGGGUCAACGUUUCUGGUGCAGUUGUGUUGGCUAGGUAUGGGGAGAUUUAUAGGGGGAGCAUAGUGCAGAUUGCUUAUGAGGAAGGAGCGGUUGGGGUUUUGGUGUAUUCGGAUCGGAAGGACUACGGCGGAGGCGGCGGAGGGAGGUGGUUUCCGGAGGAAAAGUGGCUGCCGUCGAGUGGGGUACAGGUGGGGACGGUUUAUAAUGGGUUAGGGGACCCGACUACGCCGGGGUGGGCGAGUACUGAAGAAGAGUGUGAGAGGCUUUCCGAUGAGGAAAUGGACCAGGGUGGGGAUUUGCCUUUGAUACCUUCACUGCCUAUUUCUGGUGCUGAUGGGGAGGCUAUUUUGAGGGCCGUUGGAGGACAGGUGGCGAAGGAUGAUUGGCAGGGGAGUGGGAAUGCCCCAACUUAUAGGGUUGGUCCAGGUCCUGGGGCUGUGCAUCUUAGUUACACUGGAAAGCAAGUCAUAGAAAAAAUUGAGAAUGUGAUUGGUGUCAUAGAAGGUGAAGAAGAACCUGAUAGAUUUGUCAUUCUAGGUAAUCACCGCGAUGCUUGGACAUUUGGAGCUGUUGACCCAAAUAGUGGCACUGCAGCACUGCUAGAGAUUGCUCAAAGAUUGGGGAAGCUACAGGAAAAAGGGUGGAAACCUCGACGCACGAUUAUCUUGUGCAAUUGGGAUGCUGAAGAAUACGGCCUGAUAGGAUCAACUGAAUGGGUAGAAGAAAACAGAAACAUGCUAGCUUCGAGGGCUAUUGCUUACUUGAAUGUCGACAGUGCAGUACAUGGGCAAGGGUUCCGGGCCUCAGCCACUCCACAGCUUGAUGAACUUCUUAAGCAAGCUACUCAACAGGUCAAAGAUCCCGAUAACUCAUCACAAACUCUCUACCAAGCAUGGGUUGGUUCCGGCAGUUCUCCCACAAUUGGCAGGUUGGGAAGUGGAAAUUCUGAUUUUGCAGCUUUUGUUCAAUAUAUUGGAAUUCCGUCAGCUGAUAUGACUUUCGGUAAAGGAUACCCAGUAUACCAUUCCAUGUAUGAUGACUUUGUAUGGAUGGAAAAAUUUGGUGAUCCUUCCUUUCAUAGGCAUGUUGCAGUGGCAAGUUUAUGGGGUUUGGUAGCUCUUUGGCUAGCAGAUGCAGAGUUUUUGCCUUUCGAUUACACAUCCUAUGCGCUGGAGCUACAGAAAUACAUGAAGAACUUGGAAGUUGAGAUCUUAGAUAAGAACAUAAACCUAACUCCUCUGUUCAAGUCCAUUGAGGAGCUUAAAGAAGCAGCCACAAUCAUAAACAACCAGCGAAGGAAAAAUCGUUUUAAGGUGAGAGAGGUGAAUGACAGACUAAUGAUGGCCGAGCGUGCGUUUACAGAUCAAGAUGGACUUUUUGGAAGGUCAUGGUAUAAGCAUUUGAUUUAUGGCCCCUCAAGGAACGAUGUCUAUGGAUCUGAAUCAUUCCCCGGCAUAGAUGAAGCCAUUGUGAAGGCAAAGAGACUGAAGACAGCAGAGUCAUGGAAAUUCGUACAACAUGAAGUUUGGAGAGUCGCUAGAGCUGUGAGACAUGCAGCAAAAGUCAUCAAUGGUGAAUUAACAUGAUGGCUAUUGGCUAAUUGCGGACUGAAAUACCUUGCAGAUCAAUGUCAAAUGAUAACUUGUAUAGGGUUUUAUUCGGAUAUCUCCAUGUUCUGCUAGUACAAAGAAACUUUCAGAUUAUUCAUCGCACUAUAGAUUACCCCCUUCGUCGUUGUUGACGGUUCAGGCAUCCUCAAUUGACAAUGCUCAGGCCAAACGGUGCCAUACGAUUCCAAUUCAACCUAGGAGUCCACAGCUGGCUAUAUCAUGACACUCCUGCAGAACAACACUAUCCUCUUUUCCAUGGCCGGCCUUGAGGCAAGACCAACUAGGCUGGUGUCUAGGGCCUCCCACAGUUAUAGGGGC